AUGUUAUACAACGGUUCACUGGAUUUGCCAGAACCAAAGCCUUUACCUGGACAAAAUACACCAACUCCAUAUGUAUUUGUUGGAGACGAAGCGUUCCCGCUAAUGAGAAAUUUAAUGCGUCCAUAUCCUAAAGCGAGAGUUGCUGGUAGUUAUCAAAACAAGGUUUUUAAUUAUAGACUAUCUCUGGCUAGACAAACAGUAGAAAGUGGCUUCGGUAUAUUAGCAGCUAGAUUCCGGGUGUACAAGAGACCAUUUGAAUGUAAAUUGGAUACCAUCGAUAAAUAG